CGGCGGCGGGAGUGAGGAGGCCAGGUACACAACGAAGGGCAGCAGCCGGCUACAGAGCGAGCCGUGAGCAGGCCGGGCGGAGAACCAGGGGCAGCGGCCGGAGCGGGGAGAACGGGAAGGCAGACGCAGCUCGACCGAGCGGACAGAUUGAGGGCGAGCUCGGCGGACGAGUAUACAAGCAUGGCUCAAGAAACUAAUCAAACUCAAGUGCCAAUGUUGUGCACUACUGGAUGUGGCUUUUAUGGGAAUCCUAGGACAAAUGGAAUGUGUUCAGUUUGCUACAAGGAACACUUACAAAGGCAACAAAAUGGUGGCCGAAUGAGUCCUUUAGGUGCAUCAAGUACUUCCAGCAGCUCAGACUUCACUCAGGUGCAGAGAUCAGAAAGCUUUAAUUCAGAGGAUGCUUCUAUUAAUACUACUGUCAAAUCGAGUGUUUCUGGUUCAGCUUUGCCUGUGACGCAGCAAAUGACGGAAAUGAGUAUUUCCCAAGAGAAGAAAGAUGCAGAAAUUGAGGUAACAGAGCCAGUUGUAGCUGAAGCAUCUCCAUCUGUGCCUGAUACUAUGUCAAGGGAAGAAGAAAAACCUGUGGAUGUUCCUCGACCAAAGAAAAAUAGAUGUUUUCAAUGCAGGAAAAAAGUUGGUCUUGCAGCAGGUUUUGACUGUCGAUGUGGGAACUUGUUUUGUGCAAUUCACCGAUAUUCAGAUAAACACAAUUGUCCUUAUGACUACAAAGCAGAAGCAGCAAUGAAGAUCAGGAAAGAGAAUCCUGUUAUUGUAGCUGAGAAAAUACAGAGGAUUUAAAUGGCCAACUGAAGAGGCCCAACAACAUGCUAUCAAAGACUGCAUUUCUUUUUUUUGGGAUCUUUCAUAGAGCAGGUGCAUGGGCUAAAUCCUUGUCUGUUCAAAUUUAUGCUUUAACCUUAGUUUCUCCUAAUUAAGUGACCUGAUUUGCUCACAGAUACAAUUGAGCACACAGCAUUACAUUAAUCAAGGGAAACCCAUUGGUCAACAGAACGGAUAUGCCUAACAGUAGUUUGUGCCAAGUGAACUUGAUGACCUGCUGUAAUGCUUUUAAUUCAGUAAAGUGACCAACCAAAAGCCUGUCAACCUAAUUCUAGUGCCUAAGCAGAUUUUUUUUUUGUCUUGGCUUUCUUGAUGCUCUCAAAUUAAAUGGAGGAUGUAAAGAAAUCAUAGAAUACUAAAUACUUAGGUUAAGUGACUUUUUUCAAACAAUUCUAGGAACAUAGACCCAAUUUUAAAGGUUAAUUUUGUCUCUUGCUGGGGAUAUUCAGGGAAAAUUUGAGCAAACAGGGAAGGCUUUUUAGUUGAAUAUUACAAGUAACUUUUCCUUGCCUCUAAAUUCAACCUGUAUGUGUUUGGAAAGCUCAGUUAUGGUCAGAAUGUAGAGAUCAGUCUGUUUGUAUUUCAAAAGCAGUCUUGAGCCUAGCUUCAUUUAUGAAAGCUUUAAUUCUAAUGAUGAUGCAGGCUUUGUUUACAAAAGUUGUGAAUGACUUACUAAUGCCUGUUAUAAGCAAGUCAUUUUCAAGCUGUGUCCAGGCAACUAAUAUCCCAGUUAUACUGCAUGUUGGUGACUGUAUCCUUCCACCACAUGGAUGCCAAAAAUGCAAUAAAGUGCUGGUAUCAAUAACCUGGUAUUGAAGUGCCUGCAUGACCCAUACUAUUGCAUGUGGCACCCAAUUUGGUUUUCUAAACUAUCCUUGAGUAUUCAAACAGAUGUGUUGGCUUGAGCAGAGUACUGUCUGCUGGUACGAUAAAUGUAUCAUUGAUUCCACAUACACAGUACCACAGUGCAUUAUAACUGGGUUGUAUAUUGUGUCACAGUGAAAAUGUAGCAUUGGCUUAUUGCAUGGACUGCACAUCUUGGCAGUGUAUUCAUGUUGAACAGUAGAAAUUGCAAUAUACUUAAGCUGAUGUAUUUUUUAAAUCUUAUUGGAAGAUGUGAUGUACAAAGUAUUUGUAUUUUUUAAAUCCAGUACUACUUACAUGUGUAGUGUGAUCAGAAUCUUGACAAUUUUAUCCAAGCUGUGAUCUCAAUUACUGUCCAAAUUUGCAAUAACUCUUUCACAUUUAACCACAGUACACAGGAGCUUGUUUUUGACAAACUACAGUAUUUAUGCUUUUUUAAUCUUGGGUAUGUAAUUUGUACAGAAUUAUAUUUAUGUAAUGCAUAUUAUCAUGCUAGUUGGCAUUUAUGCAAAAGGAUGUAAAUAAAGUAUAGGUUUAUUGGCA